AUGGCGCUGCGCGACGGAAUCGCGACCAUCACCGGCGGCGACCAGGCGAAGUUAGCCAGGUUGACAGAGAUCCUUUCCUGGUUUCACAAUGACUGGGAGGUGGCAGCGACGGUGGCCAAGUAUCUCAGAGAUAGCGAGAGGGGUGAGAUCUACUCCCGAGAUGGAGUCCAGCAAGAGUCCGUCGAGUCCAUCGAGAAUCUCCUCUGGGCGAUGGAGCAGACGAACUCGGAGGAGCAGAUAGUUAGGCGUAGGUGGUGGGCGUACAGAUCCAAGAUCGAGCAUCCAGAGGAUGACCCCACAAUCAGAAAUGUGGUGCCGUUCGUGAGGGUGUUGUUCCAGGCGGUGCCACCAGAGGGGAUGCACGUCAUAUGCAAUAGGCGGCCAUUUCUGCGCGCGAUGUCGCUUCCCCGCUGUUCUCCAUGGUUCCCUCGACGAUCUCCUCAUCUCAACGGCAGCGAUGGCGUUAAGCGUUGA